AUGCUCAACGAGCGUAGUGAAACGGACGCAGCCGCGGCAGCGUUUCUGGCGAGUGUCUCUCUCGAUGCGACCGGAGGCAGCGCAGGUGCACGCGGUGCAUUCUCCACCUCUGCAGAGCCUCUGAGUGAAACUCAGUCGACACAAUCGCCUGUUCUUAGAAGGUCCUCGCCGACAUCAACCGUAAGUGACCUACUCCAUACCCACAGCAGUAGACUGGGUAGUAAAGAGUGCGCCUUCGUUUACCGCGCCCCAACCUACUUCGAUGGGGUUGCCGUCGCGUUCCUCGGCUCCGUUUUGGACUGCUACCUACCGCAGAAGCCGGUGCAGAAGUACUAUAACAUGCGUGUCGGCAUUUGGUAG